AAUAGCCAUCAAAUCGUCAGCAAAUUGACCAGCGAACAUGUGGAAAGGAUUCGGUUGCGCACUGCUCUGCCUGGCUGUGGUCCAGGCGGCUGUUAUCCGUCCCGAAGCGGAUCCCGAGGUUCCGGAAACGACCACUAGUGUGGUUAUUGCGGAUCAGGAGGGGGAGUUCACGACCGAGGAGUCCACCACACAGGCGGCUCCGGCUUUGAGUCGCGAUGAGGAGGCCAGCAUACUGAUUGAUCCCGCCCCGGGAACUCUACAUGAGGAUGGCGGCGCGGUCCAAGAGAAGUCCGGAAAGCUCCUGCUGCUUAGUACUCCGCCCAAGCGAGGCCACGAAGUGGAGCGGCAGCUGGAGGAGCAGGACGACGAGGGGGAGGACAGCAAGGCCGAUGGCGAGCCAACCACAACUGAACAGCCAAAGGAAAGCGAUGAGCAGCGGGAGGAGCUCUCCCCUGAAAGUCCAACCGCAGAGAGCAGCACAACUCCGGCCACGACCAAACUGUUUGCCGUCGAUGCCACCCCGGCCGGAGUGGACUCCCCGCCCCCGACUGUGGCCAUAUCCCUCUCGCAGGACAAUGCCAACGAGACGGUCUCCAUUGCCGAGCAGCCGCAGGUGCCCGGCGACAACAAUGCGGCCGUGGAGCUGGCCCUUGUGGAGCCGGAGGCCGAGUACGUGCUGGUGGAUAUGGAUGUGGACGGCGGCCACGACGAUUUGGACCUGCAGCUGGCCAGCUUCACGCACAUCGACAGCGACGUCCACUUGCAGCCCGUGGUGCAUUCCGUGGAAAUCGUGCCCACCAGCCUCGAUGAUCCUUUGAUUGUCAAUUACGUGCACAAUUUGCGGUGACUCGGCCAAGGAGGCGUGCCCGGACGAAUCAAUUAACCCGGUGCGGUUGACCUCGGACUCUGUUAAAGCUGCUUCUUGACUCUUUUUACGACCUUUGUUACUUCUUGAAUUAACUUCCCAAAUGGCUUUUUAAUAGCCUUUAACGAAUAAAUGAAUAAAACCAUAAA